AUGAAGAGUAAGGAUGCUUGCAGGAAGGUUAUUGAUGCCAAGAAGGGACAGCGCGACUUUAAUGCUAAGCAGGUGGAUCAAUCUUUGCCUGACGUCAAGGUAUAUGGUAACCUUCGUCAACCUGCCCAACUUCACCAGCUUAAGGAUCGUGUCAUAAAAGCAUUUCCGCGUGUAGACCGCAAGCACAUUUGGAUAUCCGAUGGUGCUGUUUUCCUUAGGAAGUCGCAAGCUGAUCGGCCGUCUCUAAUGGCGCAUUUCUGCGAAUUUAAAGAAUUUUUUAGAGUCAACCCGUACCACGUAAUUGGAGUCGUCGAGACUUGGCUUUGUGAUGCGAUCCCUGAUCACCAAGUUGUGUUGCCAGUAUAUGUGCUGCUGCGUGUUGAUCGGCAUAGCAAGCGUGGAGGCGGAGUCGCAGUCUUUGUACGAAAGGAGCUCAAUGCUCGUCUUCUUAGUUCGUCAAUUGGAGCUGGAGAUGCGAUAUUGCCAGAGUACCUCAUCGCAGAAGUUUGGGGCCCAUCUCAGCAUAAGAUCUUAAUUGCUAUUGUUUAUCGACCGCCAAAAGCAGGCUACAUGUGUACGUUUGAGGAUGACUAUAUAGCUAGGAUGGUCAACUAUAAGUUUGCUUGUGUUCUUGGCGACUUCAAUGCUGAUCUCUUAGUCAACAACGAUAAGGCAGUUAGAUUACGAGACUUUUUUGUGAGAACUGGUAUGAGUAUUGUGCCUUUGCAGCCAACUAAUCACACUGUCGAUGCAAACACCUGGAAUGAUGUUUGCGCAUAUAAACAUCCAAAGCCCGUUAGACGGCUUGUGAAGUGUUUAUCGUGGAAGGAAGCUGAUUUUGCUGCCGCGGCGGAGAUGGUUAACUCGAGACUGCAUGAGCUAGACGAGUAUGUUGGUGGUACACUGCGAUCUUUAGACUCACGUCUCAUUAAGCUGAAUAAUUUAUUUAAAAAUGUUGUUGAUCAGUGCGUUCCUGUGCGUGAGUUCGUUGCUAAGCGUAGCCCGGCUCCAUGGAUUACGCAGGAGCUAAGAGACAUUCGCAGAGAUCGUGAUAGGUGCUACCGGCGAUUUAAGAGAAGUCGUCAUCGUCAGGCUUGGGAAGACUAUGUUACAUCGCGGCGUCAGGCUCAGUCGCUCUGGAAAAAGUGUCAAGCAAGUUAUCUUCAAUCAAUGUUCAAUCGUGCUGGGCAUACGAAGCAGUUUUGGGUUGAAAUGGACAGGCUUGGGUUGACAGCAACGUCUGCUAAGUUGCGUGAUGCCUUGCGUUUUAGUGUUGAGGAUUUAAAUGACUAUUAUGCUACAAUAACUGGAGGCCGUAAGCUUCCGUCGCUAGACGAAGUGAUAGCAGGCUUGGCGAGGCCAGGGGGCGGUGUUCUGUUCUCAUUUGCUCGUGUUGACGCUCGUGAGGUUGCGAAGUGCAUUUCACUUGGGACUUCGCGGGCUGAAGGUGUUGAUGGCAUCUCAGCUCAUGUGCUGAAGACAUUCAAGGUUCUGUUUGGGCCGCUGAUCACAGAUCUAAUUAAUUCAUCGUUGCACAGAGGGUGCUACCCGACGCUUUGGCGAUCGUCGCUUAUUACGCCGAUACCCAAAGCUCGCAGCCCGCAGACUGUAGCUGAUAUGCGUCCGAUAUCGAUACUAUGUGCAAUGUCUAAGGUCUGUGAGCGCGUUGUGCUGGAUCAGAUUAUUCGUUUUCUUAAUGACCAUGAUGUGCUGGAUCGGUGUCAAACGGGCUUUCGGCCUGGUAUGGGUACGCAGACUGCUGUGAUUAAGUUUGUUGAUGACGUGCGGUGUGGCAUAGAUGAACAGUUAGUUACGUUGGCUGUGUUUAUUGACUUGACGAAAGCGUUUGAUUCUGUUGAUCAUCUGCUCUUGCUGCGUAAGCUUCAUGCAUUUGGUUUCGCGUAUGAAGUUGGAUGUACCUUUAUCUAUCGGGAAGAAGGCAUGCAGUGA